AGCGCUGUUACGUAGUUUACGCGCGGACACGACAUUUUGUUGUUAGCUAGUUGGGAAAGCAGCUAGUACAUAUUUUCGUGCAGCUAAACCGUCAACAUGUCUUUAUAUUGAUUAAUGUAGCUAUAUUAUACAUCAUAUAAUUGAAAUAGCAGCUAAACGACGUGCAACAGAUAACACUGAGCCUUCGAACGUGGAAAAAUGGAAUUACUUCCUGUGCUGGAUCCAGAGGAUAAACCACGAGCAGGACUGUGGUAUGCUAUGAUACCCAGAGGAGGUGGUCCAGGAGUUAGUGUGGGCCACACCUGUAUAUACAUCCCCUCUGAGGAUGAUGGCAAGGGGAAAGUCCUGAUCAUAGGAGGAGCCAACCCUAAUGGCAGCUUUUCAGAAUCCCAUGUCAUAAACCUGGACAGUCACGAGUGGGACAUUCCUGAAUGGGAGGGUCUGGAGGCACGGUAUGAACACUGCAGCUUUGUCCCUGAGAGCUGUCCACAGAGCCUGUGGGUGUUCGCUGGGGCACAGCAGAGUGGCAACCGCAACUGUGUCCAGAACCUACAACUCACAGGCGGUGGGUUGUGGAAGGGUGUAGAGGUGAAAGGGACGCCCCCCUGUCCCAGGACGUAUCACACUAACUCAGCCAGCGUCGGGGACCGACUGUUUGUCUUCUCUGGAGGGGUCGGGGCCACACCUGUCUCGGACCCCAACGUUCACGUCUUCGACACAGUUUCCUGCACCUGGUCUCAGCCAGACACACAGGGCAGACAUCCCCCUGCAAGACACGGCCACGUGGUGACAGCGGUAGGACCCAAAAUCUAUAUCCACGGAGGCAUGGCAGGAGAGAAGUUCUACAGCGACAUCUACUCUCUAGACACCAGUAGUAUGGAGUGGGAGAAGGUCCAAGCCAAAGGAGACAUCCCCCCGGGGGUGGCUGCCCACUCGGCUGUGGCCCUCGGAAAGAACAUCUACAUCUUUGGAGGGAUGACCCCAGAAGGGGCCAGCAAUGCAAUGUACAGAUUUCAGUGUGACAAACAGCGCUGGACCCUGUUGAGGUUUGAAGGGAACAUGCCACCCAACAGACUGGACCACUCCAUGUGUGUCCUACCCUGGAGAGUAAGGCCUGAGCACACUACUGGAGAGAGAGACCAGGCCCAGAGCUCCUCCGCGUCAGGGACCGUACAGCUGGCAUUUGUGUUUGGAGGGAUGGACACUCAGGGGGUCAUACACAGUGACUGUGUUGUAACUGUCUUAACGUGACCUUGAUAGCUACUGCUCUGGGAAAUACCGUGUGCAUGUGCCUGUAUGUUUAACUAUUGGUCAAUAAUUGUUGCACCACCCUUUUCAAAUAAAUCCAACCAGUGUCAUAAGCUGAUCAUGGAUCAGAUGUUG